GUUGUCAUGAGACGACUACUUAUUGUACUGACCACCUGUGCGUUUACGGAUGCCAUUGGAACAAUGUUGGUUCAGGGACGAGCGGACACUAUUCGCACUCUCCGGGAUAUUGUCAGAAACUCAGCUCACCCACCCACUUCUCUACACAGACCACUUCACAAAGAAACACCAGAACGACUUUCAACCCCUCCAGGCAUGAUAAUCAAUACCGAAAAUCCAAUUCCCCACUUAUCGAAAAAAUUGAAAAAUGCCAAACGUCAUGUCAAAUUUGUCGGAAAGGCUCGUGCACGGAGGCAUAUCGGGAAUGUAGUCGUUGAGUCAGGCCAGUGUGACCACGUGGAUCUGAUGGAUUGCUCGGAUUUCGAGACAGAUGAGAUGACGUGCAUGUUAACUGCAACUGGAAUGACAUGUUGCGUAUGUACAGGGCUCCUCCGAGCCGCCAAACGAAGCCUUUUCUGAGUGUUUUUGGCCUCUUUUGUAGAACAAGAGAUUAGAUAUGACGCCCCACCACUGCCAGCAAGUUGUAAAUAAUUAUGUUCCCCCACUGCCGAUCUCCUCUCGCCACACGACUUGAUUGAUAAUUGAUUAAAUUCUGCGCUCCUGCCUUCCUUCUUUCGCCCGAUCUCCCC